ACUGCAGUCAUGGAGAAUCCACAGAGAAAAACAACUGACAAAGACGAGCCUUCCUAUGAAAUAUUUAAACAAGGUGGAUCAACUUUUCCAAAGCACCGACUGAUUAUACUGUUCUUGGGUCUGCUGAACGCUGUGCUGCUGAUAACGGCUGUUGUUAUUGGAAAUAAGUGCACCAAAGUCAAAGAGGGCUCCUUGCACAUUUCCCACCCAGCUGUAACUCAGGUGUUCACUGAGUUAGACUUUCUCCGAAGCAAUCACAGCGACGUGAUCGAAGCUGAAGAGGAGGCCAAGAAGGUGUUAGAGAGAGCGAUCAAAAACCAUGAAGAAAUAAAGGUGAAAAUUGAGAAGCUGAAGAACAUCAGUGAUGGUUAUCAGAAACAGGUGGAAGCUCUGCGAAUGGAGAAGGCAAACUUGCAGUCCAACAUAUCAGCUUUAGAGGGGUCUUGUGAUAGCUGCCUCCCUGGAUGGAUUCUUUUCAACUCUUCCUGCUAUUUCUUUUCUUACGCCGAGUCCUCUACUGUCAAAAAGAACUGGCAUGACAGCAGAGCAGACUGUGUUAGUCGUGGAUCUGACCUGGUUGUGAUUGAUGACCAGGAAGAGCAGAAAUUUGUGAGUAACAGCAUCGAAAAUAUGAAAAGCAGUUCUGUUCAUUGGCAUAACGGAUUCUGGAUUGGAAUCACCGACAUAGAGAUUGAGGGGACGUGGGUGUGGAUUAACAAUGUGACAGAGGUGGAACAAAGGUACUGGAUGGAUGGAGAACCAAACAAUGACUAUCAAGGAGAAAAUUGUGGGGUUGCAGUUUAUUCCUCCUUUAUUCCCUGGAAGACCCGCUAUGAUGGAAGAUGCAACGUGCAGAAGUUACACUGGAUAUGUGAAAUGGAACCAAGAUAAACUCCCUGCACUCUUGAUCUCAUUUUUAACCAUGAACUAUUAGCAGUCCUUGCUUCAUAUGCUGAGUCUACAGCAGCGCAGUUAACAUUCAAAUUACUUUACAGGUGUGUGAGGAAAUUCUUUCUAAAGAAGUUAGAGAUUACAGCUUAUAGCCAGCUUGGUUUGUAUUCAGAAAAACACAAUCAUGAUAAAAAUGCAGAAUCAGAUAAAUGAUGUUAAAUCCUCCAGUAGAACAAACAAUAAAACAAUGAACAUACUAAAGGGCAAUGUGGAUCCACCGAUUUGCUGUUUUUUUUUUAUUUAUUUUAUUUUUGCUGUGCUUAUGCUUUUUUCUGCAGUGGACAUUUAAGAAUUUGAAUUGUUUGUCUUUGUAAUUUUAAUAAAUAAACACAUAUGUGGGGAAAAAAUGGAUGUGAAAGUUUGGGUUCACCAGUUCAUGGGAAUUUGUAGGCAGCACGGAAAUUUUCCAUGAAGUGAAUUUGAAUUUUUUUGAGAAACUUUGCCUACACAUAUAUAUAU